UCUUGUGCUGUUGGGUGCCAAAAUCUGGAAGCACAAGCAGGGCUCCCUGUGCAUCCCCGCUCUCCGCGCUGGGGUGUGAGAUGUGAGCCCACCCUUCGUGUUCCACCGGGGCCGGGCAGGGCUGCGACGAGGGAAGUGUUGUCGCUUACUUUGGUGCCAGUGUGGUCUGAGAGUGUGAUUCGCAGGCACUUCACAAACUCUCCGGUGCUUGGCAGAAAAGUGGCUUCUCUUAUCUCGGGUGUUGUUUCUGUGUGUGACCGACUCGGACCGUAACCCCCUCGGGGCAGGAGCCGGGCCUUUCUUUCAUGUGCGUUUGAAGUGCGCGGGGUGUGGUGACCACGGUGUGUGACGAUUUGGUUUGUCCCCUCGGGCUGGGAGCGCUCGGUACCGCUCCCCAGGAGGGGGACGGGGCCAAGGUUGGUCCCGGCAGGGCACAGGGCCCGCUCCGGCCGGUUCUGAGCAGCCUUUCCCGGGCAGGGCUGGCCCGGUGCUCCGGGGCCCUGCCGAGCGCAGGGAGCCGGGGUUCGCCAUCCCUAACGGGGGAGCCGAGCUCAUCCCUGAGGAAAGCCGGGUUCACCCCCGCAGGAGCAGCCAGGGCUCACCCCUAGGGAAGCCGGAGCCCUCCGUGAGGAGAUGCUGGGGUUCAUCCCGCGGGGCAGCCGGGCUCUCCCCGCAGCGGCAGGGCCGGUCCUGCCCGGCGAGGCGAGGGUGGGGGCGGCAGCCGGGCCGGUGCCUCCCGGGUGACAAAGGUUUCUUUUGUCUUGCGGCGCAAUUCGUGGCUUCCAGUUGCAAGGGCCCCAGUGUGGGAGCGCUGUCGGUGCGGGCCGAGGCGCCCCGAGGUAGCCUUUGUUCGUGCAGCCUCUUGGCAGCCCCGCCGGCAGGCCCGGCAGAAGGGCCCCCGCGGCGCCGGGAUGCUGCCGGGGCCGCUCUCCCCCGGCACCCGGAGCGGCGCUCCCGCCCGGGGAUGGGCAGCGAGGCCCGCGCCUCUCCCCGCGCUGCCACUUGCAGUUGGCUCAUGGGUCUGUGGUAUUCGGUUUCAGGCUCAGGGAUUUCAACCAGCCGGCGCUGCUCCUGGGAGGAAGGAAGAGCGAGCUAUACUUUUCUCAUUGGCCCGAACAAAAAACAGAAGCCUCUGCUGGGGUUUGGGAGUGGUUUAUGGGCUGAGCUCAGUGGCAGGGGAGCCCUCGCAAUGCCAGAGGGAAUAGAGCCGUAUGGUGCGCGGUGCCUAUUGCGGGAGAGAAGGAGCUGAGCUCAGGGUACUGUUUGAUGAGUGUGAAAGGAUGCUUCACUGAUUUUCAUAUUGAUUUUGGUGGCACUUCAGUGUGGUAUCACGUUUUCCGUGGGGGGAAGAUCUUCUGGCUGAUUCCACCUACUCUGCAGAAUCUAGAACUUUACGAAGAAUGGGUUCUCUCAGGAAAACAAAGUGAUAUCUUCCUGGGAGACAGGGUGGAACGGUGCCAAAGAAUUGAGCUGAAACAAGGCUACACGUUCUUCAUUCCUUCAGGGUGGAUACACGCGGUUUAUACUCCAGUAGAUUCUCUGGUGUUUGGUGGAAAUAUCCUGCAUAGCUUUAAUGUUCCCAUGCAGCUUCGCAUCUAUGAAAUUGAGGACAGAACAAGGGUGCACGCCAAGUUCCGCUAUCCUUUCUACUAUGAAAUGUGCUGGUAUGUUCUGGAGAGAUACGUGUCCUGUGUGACCCAGCGCUGCCACCUCAGCAAAGAGUACCAGAAAGAAUCAAUGUUAAUUGAUGCAAAAAGAAAACGCAGCACAGACAGCUACUCGUCAGAUUCGUGGUUAGACAUGGAUGAAGAAUCUUGUGAUGCCCAUCUCCAGGAGGAGAAGGAUGACAGCUUGGAUAAAAACUCCAAAUCCUUGGUGGAUGGCUCCUCCUCACCCAACAGCACACACUCAGAAGGGAAGGAGGCUGCAGGGAGGAAACAAAAAGCCACAGUAAUGAGGUACCUAAAAAGAACUUUGUCCAAUGAGUCAGACGACAGCGUCAAAUCAACGACCCCCACGGACUAUCCCAAAACACCCACGGGGUCUCCAGCUACAGAAGUUUCAACCAAAUGGACUCACCUCACAGAAUUUGAACUGAAGGGUUUAAAAGCCCUGGUGGAAAAGCUUGAAUCUCUCCCAGAGAACAAGAAGUGUGUUCCAGAAGGCAUUGAAGACCCGCAGGCUCUCCUGGAGGACAUGAAGAACAUUCUGAAGGAACACGCUGAUGAUGACCAAAAUCUCGCCAUUUCGGGUGUCCCUGUGGUCAGCUGGCCUAAGAAGACCACAAAGAACAGGGCAGUGGGGCGGCCCAAGGGGAAGCUGGGCGCUGCCUCUGCGGUGAAGCUCGCGGCCAACCGGAGCACGGCGGGCGCGCGGCGGCGCAGGACGCGAUGCCGCAAGUGCGAGGCGUGUCUGCGGACAGAGUGCGGCGAGUGCCACUUCUGCAAGGACAUGAAGAAGUUCGGGGGCCCCGGCAGGAUGAAGCAGUCCUGCAUCAUGAGGCAGUGCAUAGCUCCGGUGCUGCCUCAUACUGCCGUGUGUCUGGUGUGUGGAGAGGCUGGGAAAGAGGACACUGUGGAAGAGGAGGAGAGCAAGUUUAAUCUCAUGCUAAUGGAAUGCUCCAUUUGUAAUGAAAUCAUACACCCAGGAUGCCUUAAGGUGAAGGAAUCGGAUGGUGUGGUGAACGACGAGCUGCCCAACUGCUGGGAGUGUCCAAAGUGCAACCACGCAGGGAAAACUGGAAAAGCUUACAAGCAAAAGCGCGGACCAGGAUUUAAAUACGCGUCAAAUCUCCCGGGCUCGCUGCUGAAGGAGCAGAAAAUCAACAGAGACAACAAGGAAGUGCCAGAUGCUGCCAAACGGAAAGGGGACUGCGAGGAGACCCCCAGGCGGAAAUCGGAGGAACAUUCCAAAAAGGCUCCGGUGGACUCCAUCCUGAGGAGAAAGUCUGAGGAGGUGCAUCUGUGGAGGAAGCGGAAAUUCGAGAAAUCCCAGGAACCCACCAUGAGGAAGCGGCGGCGGUCGUGGAAGGCCCCGGAUGACAGAACUGCCAUGAUCAAACCCCUGCGGCGCCUCAAGCAGGAGCCCGAGGAUGAGCUGCCGGAAGCUCCCCCCAGGUCCAAGGAUAGUGACCAGUCUCGGUCCAGCUCGCCCACAGCAGGGCCCAGCACGGAGGGCGCCGAGCCCAGGGACAAGAAGAAGUUCAAGAUGAGGAGGAAAAGGCGGCUUCCCAAUAAGGAACUGAGCAAGGAGCUCAGCAAAGAGCUUAACCAGGAGAUCCAAAAAACCGAGAACAGCCUUGCCAAUGAGAACCACCAACCCAUCAAAUCUGAGCCGGAGAGCGAGAACGAGGAACCCAAGCGCGCGUUGAACAACAGCGAGAGACUCCAUAGGUUCAGCAAAGGGUUGAACGGGACUCCCCGGGAGCUGAGGCACCACCAGCUCAUGCCCAGCCUGCGCAGCACCCCCCGGGGAAUCGCCCGGCCCCCGCCCUCGCUGUCGCCCCCCAAGUGCAUCCAGAUGGAGCGGCACGUCAUCCGGCCACCUCCCAUCAGCCCCCCUCCGGACUCGCUGCCCCUGGAUGACGGGGCAGCCCACGUGAUGCAGAGGGAAGUGUGGAUGGCUGUCUUUAGCUACCUCAGUCAUAGAGACUUGUGCAUCUGUAUGAGAGUGUGCAAGACCUGGAACAGAUGGUGCUGUGACAAAAGAUUAUGGACCAAAAUAGAUUUAAACCAUUGUAAAUCCAUCACUCCACUUAUGCUUAGUGGCAUUAUUAGGAGACAGCCUGUAACCCUUGAUCUUAGCUGGACAAAUAUAUCUAAAAAGCAGCUGAGUUGGCUUAUCAACAGACUGCCAGGUCUGCGGGACCUGCUGUUAUCAGGGUGCUCAUGGAUAGCAGUGUCGGCACUUUGCAGCUCCAGCUGUCCCUUGCUGCGAACUCUGGACGUGCAGUGGGCGGAAGGGCUGAAAGACGCACAAAUGAGAGACCUCCUGUCCCCGCCCACGGACAACCGGCCAGGUCAGAUCGACAACCGGAGCAAGCUGCGGAACAUCGUGGAGCUGCGCCUGGCGGGGCUGGACAUCACGGACGCGUCGCUGCGGCUCAUCAUCAGGCACAUGCCCCUGCUGUCCAAACUCAACCUCAGUUACUGUAACCACGUGACAGAUCAGUCUAUCAACCUGCUGACCGCCGUCGGGACCACCACGCGGGACUCGCUCACGGAAAUCAACUUAUCAGACUGCAAUAAGGUCACUGACCAGUGCCUGUCUUACUUCAAACGUUGUGGGAACAUCUGCCAGAUCGACCUGAGGUACUGCAAGCAAGUGACGAAGGAGGGCUGUGAGCAGUUCAUAGCGGAGAUGUCCGUAAGUGUCCAGUUCGGGCAGGUGGAAGAAAAACUUCUGCAAAAACUGAGUUAGUUAAAGGACUCGUGUAAAUACUGGGGCGAGGGGGGGAAGGGACUAAGAACACGUAGGGAUUUUAUUUUCAAUUGGGAACUUGGAAUAUCAGAAAAUGCCGCGAUUGGAUUUUACAACUCUUGUUGAGGAGAGAACAACGUGAAACUACCCAUGUUGAGAAUUUCAACUUGUGCCACUAAUUCAGUCCACCUGGGAUGUCCUGCACUGGCUCUUAUGCAAAUUCAUAAGGCGACUGUUACCGAUGAUAAUUGUUCACACCCUGGAAGAGGACUGAGCUCCAAGAAAUACUGUUAUUUAAAGUACCACGGCAUGUGCUUGGUAGUGUAAAUUUGAUUUCUGCUUUUCAUUUCUUAAAACAAGAAAAAAAAAAGUUGGUGUCAUUUAAGUGGACCACGCACUGCAUUUCUGCCUUCUUAACACGUUUUGUUUUGUUACAUCUUACAUUAUGCAGAACUAUUUUUGUACAAAAAUUGUUUAAAAAUUAUUUAUGCAAUGUUUGAAUGCAUUACCAGUGUUUCGGUUUUGAUUGCCAAUUUUUAUCUUUACUUAUGGUAGGCGAGAACUUAACCUAUACUUCGUAGGCAGUAUCUAUCUACAAACGUGCCCAGGUCAGGAAAAGUAGGUUCAUACUUUCAACUUAAAGCAUGUUUUAAUGGAAGUUUAUAUCCUGCUUUGUAUACUUCAGAAGUGACAUAAGCAUGUUGUGGAAAUAAGGUGUAAAUUAUAGUUGAAGUAAAACACUUUUAUCUGUAUAGAAAUCACCUUUUUCUCAAAAUUUUAAAAAAAUUCCAAUUUCAGCUUUUGCACAUAGGAGGGUUUCACUCUGUAGCAUGAGCUCUUGUACUCAAUAUAAAAUUAAUUUAUACAGUGAGUCCAGCAGUAGAAUAAAUGGUCAAACGUAGUCUCUCUUUCUUUGAAGUGUGAGUUGAGUUCUCAUUUAAGGUUUAUAACAUGGUUAUUUCCUGAUUGUAAAAUUCUGCAUUCAUAAGUGCCAUUGUUGUAUGGUGUUGUUUUCGUAGACCUUCCUGAUGCAGUUUUACCUUUGUUGAAUUUGUAUAAACAAUUGUACAAAAACA